ACGCUUUUUACAAGUUGGAAUCUCGUAAUUACGGCGUGAACGCACCUUUAAUGUAUUCCAAUUGCCAGCCAUGAACUUCCUGGAGCGUGAAUCACGUGACGAUCAAGCAUUUUUGAACUUCCGUUGGUGCAGCCGUCUUUCUCUCUUUCUCUCAACGGCUCUGGUUGCCAAAAAAACUCGAGAGAAGAAGAAGUAGAACGGCUCUGGUUCCGGCUUCGUUCCUUACCUAAACGUAGACGUGUAAAUACACGCCAGCAAGAAUUUCUAACACAUAAUAAUAUUAUUAAUACGGUCUCAACAACAUGGGAGGUGGUGACCUUAACUUAAAAAAGAGUUGGCAUCCGCAAACUCUGAAAAACAUCGAGCGAGUGUGGAAAGCGGAGCAGAAACAUGAAGCAGAGAGGAAGAAGAUCGAGGAGCUGCAGAAGGAGCUUAAAGAGGAGCGAGCCAGAGAAGAGAUUACCAGAUAUGCACAAGAGACAGGCGCUGUAAAGAAGAAAGAUGACCGUUUGGACUGGAUGUACCAGGGCCCAGCAGGACAGAUUUCUCGGGAGGAAUACCUUCUUGGUCGCCCCAUUGACAAGCAGAUCACACAGCAGUAUGAGGAAACUGACAGUGGUCCAUCAGCUGAGACAGGCCUCCUGCCUGGUUCCAUAUUUAACCCUACAACUUCUGUCUCUACUAAUGAUAUAGCUGCCAAGAUCAGAGAAGACCCUCUUUUUGAGAUCCGCAAACGUGAGGAGGAGAAGAAGAGAGGGGUUCUCACAAAUCCUGUUAAAAUGAAAGAAAUCCAAAAGAUGUUGCGUCACAAUCUUGAGAAGGAAAAAAAGAAGAAACAAAAAAAGAAAAGAGAGGAGAAAGAGAGGAAGAAGGAGAAAAAGCACAGAAAGAGGAGUUCAAGCUCUGAUGAGGACGACACAAAGCAUAGGUCAAAAGAGAAGCGAUCAGAUGUCGCAACCUCUUACAGACAUCACAAAUCAGGCUAUGGACUACAAAUACCAGCAAACAGAUCUCAUCAUUCGUCAGUGUCUAACCACACAGAUCACAGUUCAAGAGCCAGGAGUCGAUCCCCAUUGUCUCAUAAAACAGACAGGGACAAUCACUACUCCACAAGAGUGUCAGAGCAGAGACCUAAAACCAAAUCCCCCAGCACAUCAAGACACAGAGACCGCUAUCAAAGACAAUACAGUAACUACAGCAAGCACCUCUCAGCUGAAGAGUUGGAAAAGAGGAGAAGGGAAAUGAUGGAUUUUGCCAAUGAAAGAGAAGUGGAAAGACAAAAUAAUGUGCAGAGGUACAAGCAACAAGAGGAACAGGAGAAAGCCAGAGACAAUGCCAAACAGGACCAUCAUGCUGGAUUCAUACAUGACAUGAAACUAGAGAGUGCUGCCACCUCCUCUCUGGAAGACCGUGUGAAGAGAAACAUUCACUCUAUUCAGAGGACCCCUGCUGCUCUGGAGAAGAACUUCAUGAGAAGAUGAGACCUUAAAGAACAUUGAAACUUUUACCUGUCUUUUGUAAGAUUUGUAAUUUUUAAUUAACAUUUUGAUGCCAGAUCAUGAUUGUAAAUAAAAUGUCCAAAUGAUACUUCAGCAAAUUGUCUGAAACUUGUUCACAUGUUGUUAACAUUAACAUUUUAUUUUGUAAACUUGUUAACAUUUUAUUUUGGAAAGACGAAAAGUUGGUCAAAAACAUACCUUUACACACAAACUGCUCACCAACUGCACCUUUCAGAUGCCACCUUUAUUUGAUUUGAUUUAUUUUUAGCUUAGCUGUCAUGGAAUGGAAUGCACAGAUUGUGAGAUAUCAGAGACAGCAGAGGAUAUAUCUAUGCUGCCUUUAAAAAUCCAAAGUAUCUCAGGAGACAGGAAGUGAAGCUAACACUCAAUUCGGACAUGCCUUGAUGCCUUCCUACCUUGGAAUGCAUCACCCGAAAGCAGGAUUUUUCAGAUAUCAGACGCAGCAAAAGACUCACACCAGUCGGCCAAUAGGGGGACACUACAGCAAUCAAAAACAUAUAUACAUAUAUGCGCCCGUCAUUCGCUAACUUUCCUGUCUCAAUUACUCUGCUUUGCAUCAUUGAUUAUGUUGCAUGAGUGCCCACUACUGGCGGAACUCUUGCAAUGGGAUGAAUUGGAAUGUCCUAAGCCCUUGAUCAGUUGGAAUCCGCAAUGGAGUUUAUUUACAUUUUUUUUCCCCUUACGAAUUAGUUUGAUGCAACAUUCUAUAUGUAUAUAGCAGGGAUAAGCAACGUUGAUUCUGGAGUGCUGAUGACCCGCAGAGUUCAGUUCCAACUCUAAUCAAACACACCUGAACAAGCUAAUUAAGGACGUCAGGAUUUUUUUCAAGGUUGGAACUCUGCAGGACAUGGGCACUUCAAGACCAACGUUGCCUAUCCCUGAUAUAUAGGUAUAUAACGAUCAGCCUAACAGGUUACAAAGUUUAAAAUGGGUAAUAAAGGUAAUAAAAUGAACUUAAGAAAACAUGUAAACCAGUUAAAACAGUAGUAUAUAUAAAAUCAUUGCAAUAAGUAGAGCAAUAAAACACGUCCCUUUGUGUGACAGUGUCACAUGUAUGCUUGGGGUAUUUUAAAUGUUUAUUUAUUUAUUUAUUUUAUUUUAUAUAUUAUAAAGU